ACAUCCAAAAACUCUCUCUAAACCCUCUCCAAAAAUUCCACCAAGAUCAUCAACCAAAUUCAAGGAUCCCAAGCUUUAAUUCCGGAUUCAAGAUUCAAUCUCAAGCAAUUCUCCAUUCCAAUCUUCAUCAAGAAUUCUCCAAAGUUGAGGGACCGGAGCACCGCUUGACCCUCGUCCUCCGCGUGGCUAAUACGAUUUUCUAUCAAGGUUAUUGAUCAUGCCUAAUACAAGAGGAAGACGAGCCCGCGCACCCGAGGAACAACCGACCAAUGGGGAUCUUCGGGAUGCCCUUACUUUAUUUGCACAAGCUAUGGCUAAUCAAGCCAACCACGGGGCCCAAACCCCUCAGGCUCCUACCCCGGCAUCUCGGGUGAGAGACUUCGUGCGGAUGAAUCCCCCGGAAUUCUAUGGGUCUAAGUUAAAUGAAGACCCUCAAGAGUUCAUUGAUGAAGUCCUCAAGAUAUUAGCUAUCAUGGGCGUGAAGUCAGAAGAUAAGGCGGAGUUGGCGGCCUACCAACUAAAAGGGGUGGCCCAAAUAUGGUACAACCAAUGGAAGGAAGAGAAGGGGGUAAACUAUGUGGUGCAUUGGGAAGAGUUCAAAACGGCUUUCCUUAAUCGAUUCUUUCCUCUUGAGCUUAGGGAAGCCAAAUUGGUGGAGUUCAUGAAUUUAAAACAAGGGUCUAUGAGUGUGAGGGAGUAUGCCCUCAAGUUUAACCAACUUUCAAGGUAUGCUCCACACUUGGUUGCCGACUCACGGUCUAGAAUGAACAAAUUCGUGAUGGGUGUGUCCGACCUAGUGAGUGAAGAAUGCCGGUCCGCAAUGUUGAUUAGUGACAUGGACUUGUCCCGCUUGAUGGUCUAUGCCGAACAAAUGGAGGAGGAGAAGUUGAGGAAGAGGAGGGGUCAUGAGGCCAAGAGGGCCCGUUUUGAGGGCAAGUUCCAAAGUAGAACGGGAGGCCGGUUUCAUCAAGGUCAAGGGUCUUCUCAUGCGCUCCAUAAGGGGUUUGCCAAUGAUGUUCCAAGGGCCCAAGGUGUUAGGGGUAUGGGUCCUAUUGAUGUAUGUCCGAAGUGUGGUAAGGGCCAUGGUGGCCCGUGCUUGAGAAAUACCGGUGCUUGCUAUAGUUGUGGGGAAAUGGGGCACAAGGCAAUGGAUUGUCCUCGAAAUCGCAACAAGGGUAAGGAGGUCCGUCCACAAGGUGCCAAUGCGGUUCCUUUGGGGAGAGGGGGCCGACAAGAUGGUGCCCCAAGGCACAAUCGAUUUUAUGCUUUGCAUGGGAGGCAAGGGGUCGAUGAAGUCCCCGACGUCGUUACCGGGACCGGAGCACCGCUUGACCCUCGUCCUCCGCGUGGCUAAUACGAUUUUCUAUCAAGGUUAUUGGUGAGUCCUCCAUUCCGGGGACGUUGCUUAUGAUCUUUUGCUAUGUAUAAGACUUUUCCUUUUAGUUAUGUUUUGACUAUGAGGGUGAGCCCAGUUGUUUGUCUUGGCCCCCGCUAAAGUACCUAUGUUUAGAGGUGGUGUUGGACAAGUUGUGUAUUAUGCUUGAGCUUGA